AUGGGUGUUGCAAAAGGAGAAUUCAGCGUGAGUGUGACAAAGGAGGAGGUGGUAGCGGCGGUGUUGCCAAUGCAUGACUACCACUGGCUGCCACUGUCUAACCUUGACUUACUUCUUCCCCAGGUGGACGUAGGCGUCUUCUUUUGCUACAAGAAUCCUACUUCAGGGGACACUAGUGGCACCAACAACAACACCAACACCAACACCAUGAGCUUUGGAUCAAUGGUGGGGUCUCUGAAAAAUGCCUUAGCUCAGGCUCUUGGUUCCUAUUACGCUUUUGCUGGUGAAGUGGUGCUCAACUCCAUGGGUGAACCUGAGCUUCUUUGCAAUAACCGUGGGGUAGAUUUUGUUGAAGCUGUGGCUGAUGUUGAGCUACGGUGCCUCAAUUUGUACAACCCAGAUGUCACCGUUGAAGGGAAGCUUGUUCCAACCAAGAAGCACGGCGUGCUUGCUGUUCAGGCAACUAGGCUGAAGUGUGGUGGGGUAGUAGUGGGAUGCACUUUUGACCAUCGCAUUGCCGAUGCCUACUCUGCAAACAUGUUCUUUGUAUCAUGGGCCGAUAUAGCCCGGCCCAACAAGCCCAUAACCACAACGAGGCCUUGUUUUCGGCGCUCCCUUCUCAUCCCAAGACGACCACCAUCCAUUCACCCUUCACUCCAUCACAUGUAUGUCCCCAUCUCCGACCUCCCCCCUCCGCCGGAACCCGAAUCCAAACCCGUAUCCGGAUCCAACCCACUCAUCAGCCGCAUAUACCAUGUCACAUGCGAACAACUCAACCGCAUGCAGUCACUGGCCAGCUCAGCUAGCAGCGUCAAGCGCACAAAGCUUGAGUCUUUCUCUGCAUUCUUGUGGAAGAUGGUUGCUGCAGCCAGUGUUGAUGAAGAUGAUGAUGAUGAUGAUCACAAAAGGGUCAUUGUAGCCAAAAUGGGUGUUGUGGUUGAUGGAAGGAAGAGGCUCAGCAAUGGUGAUAAGAACAAGGAAGAAAGGAUGAGUUCAUAUUUCGGCAACGUGCUUUCCAUUCCCUUUAGUGGGAAACCGGCGGAGGAGCUGGUGGAAAAGCCGCUGAGUUGGGUGGCGGAGCAAGUUCAUGAGUUUUUGGAUACGGCGGUGACGGAGGAGCACUUCUUGGGGCUCAUUGAUUGGGUGGAAGCACACAGGCCAGUGCCAGGGUUGGCAAGGAUAUGUUGUGGGAGCACAAGAGAAGAAGGACCAGCUUUUGUGGUGUCUUCAGGUCAAAGGUUUCCGGAGUCAAAGGUUGACUUUGGAUGGGGGAAGGCUGUGUUUGCAUCGUACCAUUUUCCUUGGGGUGGAGAUGCUGGUUAUGUGAUGCCAAUGCCUAGCCCUGAUGGCAAUGGUGACUGGUUGGUCUACAUGCACCUUCUCAAGCCCCAUUUGGACUUUAUUGAGUCUCGGGCUUCCCAUAUCUUUAGGCCCUUCUCUUGGGAUUGUCUUAUCAAUGAACUUUGA